AUUUCGGCUUAGCUUCCUGCGCAACGUACUAUUAUACUCGGCAUGUUGCAGAGAUGGCGGCAGGGAGUCAAAGUUGCACUACUUGCAACAGCACCUGCUUGCUGCGUUCAUAUUGCGACCGCUGUUCAACUCGCUCAGCUGCAGCUGGUCAUAGGUGACCCGCAGUGCCACACGGCCGUGGUGGGCGAGGAAUGCUACGAACACGUGUUGCGGGCGAUGCGGCUGGGCAUGAAGCGCGACCCGGGCCAGUUCCCGGGCCUGACCAACGAGUCCAGCUUCGAGGAGUUCCAGUCGGCCCUGCACGCGAGGCCCGGGCUGGCCACGGGGUGCCGCAGGCCCUGCGGGUCGCCGCGCCGCGGCGGACCGGCGCCGGCAGGGGAGCGGCUGACGAGGGCGCUGACGGCGCUGGCAGGCGAGCUGUGCGGCACGCCAGUGGCCCAGCGGCAAGGCUCGCGAGGCGACAGUUGCUACAAGAAGGUGCACGACGCGAUGCGGUACGACAUCGCCCGCAGCCCAGAUCGCUACCCGGCCCUGACGCGAGAGUCUGGCGUCGACGACCUCCAGGCGGCUCUGCGUGGCUGGGACAAGCUCGCAGGCGCAUGCUACGAGUCGUGCGAAGCACAGAGCUGGGAGAAUUCGGGGGCGGCGCACUUUAUUGAGAGAGGCUGUCACACUGCGGUCCACGGCGAGCAGUGCCACAGAGAAGUGACGAGAGCGAUGCAGCACGGAAUCCUGGAGCGCCCUGAGACUUACCCGAGUUUGACGGUCAAUUCUAGCUUUGAGGAUUUCCAAAUGUUCCUUCACCAAUCAGACACGCUCUGCCCCAGGCCAUGCCAGCCAGAGAUACAUCUGGCACUAGCGCGGCAGCGACGGCUCGGGCAGGUUUGCCACACUGCCGUCGCGGGAGAACAAUGCCACGAGGAGGUUACCUGGGCGAUGCGGCACGGCAUCCUGAAUCGCCCUCAUUGGUACCCGAAGUUGACACCUGAGUCAAGCUUCGAGGAGUUCCAGGCAUUUCUGCAUGGCACAGACAUGUGGUCUUAUACAUGCCCAAAGCCUUGUGAGGCGCUGAGGAUGGAGACGGAAGGAAGACAGAAGUGGUCACGCGAGCAGGAUUGCCACACGGCCGUCGAGGGUGAGGACUGCCACAGGGAGGUGAGGUGGUCGCUGCGGCACGGUAUCCCAAACCAUCCUGAGUGGUACCCUGCGCUGACGCCCAACUCUAGCUUCGAGGAUGUCCAGGAGUAUCUGCACAGCUUGCAGCCGCUUGCCGAUCUGUGCCCGAAGCCGUGCAGGCAGCUCAAGGCGCUCCUGCCGGGGCUGGCCCCGGCACAGGGCCCACCGCGGACGCGGGAGUGCCGCACUGCUGCCGAAGGCGAGGAUUGCCACCGCGAGGUGGAGUACUUGAUGAAGGAGGGCAUCGUGAAGAGCCCCGGGUGGUACCCUGGCCUGACCCCCCAAUCCAGCUUCCAGGACGUGCAGGACUUCUUGCACUCGAUGCAGCCCCUCGUCAAGAUGUGCCCCGCCAGGGCGUGCAGGGCGCACCAUGCCACGACGGCGCGGACCGAGACCGCACCGUCAGCGCCGCUGCAGCCUGCAGCGGCCCCGCCCGCUGCGGCCAGGGCGGUCCACAAUUACUACUCGAUGGACCCCCUGCCCGCAGUGACAGACUCUGGCGAGGCGAAGCCCAUGGAUAGUGUGACCGCCCGACCUGCAGAGGCCCCGCUUGUGGCGACCGGUUCUGGAGCGGCCGGGACCCUGAUGAAGGAGGCACCGCAGACAGCGACAAAGCCCAUAGAAGCCUGGCCCACGCAGGCGACCCCUCCCACAGCGACCAACUCCGUGGAGGCCCUACCAACGGAAGCCCCACCCGCGGCGACCACAUCUGCGAAUUACUACUCGACCGAGUUCUUGCCCGUGGUGACCGAGAUCGCGGAGGCAUUGCCCUCGCCAGCCGCACCCACGGCGAACAGCACUGCGGAGUUCUCAGUUGCGCAGGCCCCCCCCGCAGCGGCCGGCCCUUGGGAGGCCCCGCGUGAGUCAACGGCUCCGCCAGCGGCGACCAGCUCCGCGGAGGCCCAGACUGCACCGGCGCCGCCCACGGCGCACUUCGAGACGCCGCCUUCGCUGGACAGGGCCCCGGCCAGAGCGACUGAGUCUGAGGCACGGCUUGCGGAGGCCCUACAAACGACGACCACCCUUUGGGAGGCCCAGCCUGCACUGACCCCGCAAGCGGUCACCCAGUCCGUGGAAGCACCCCGCGGGGAGGCACCCCCUGCGGCGAGCAACCCGUGGGAGGGCCAGGCGUCGUUGAUCCCGCCCGCAGCGGCCAGCACGUGGGGGUCUCAGGCCCCACUAGCGGCGGCCGCUCAGUCCCCACUAACGGCGCCCGCAUCCGUAGACCCCCAGCACGCGCAGACCUGGCCCACAGUGGCGAGCCCUUGGGAGGCCCCGCGUGAGUCAACGGCUCCGCCAGCGGCGACCAGCUCCGCGGAGGCGACCGCGCAAGCGCCACCCACGGUGGACCAGCCAGCGCAGGCCCCAUCCGCAGCGGCUAACCCUUGGGAGUCAUGGGGGUAUCAGGCCCCGCCAAGGGCGACCAGCUCCGCAGAGGCCCAGCAUGCGCAUGCCCCCCCCGCAGCGGCAAGCCCUUGGGAGACGUGGGGGAUUCAGGUCCCGCCCAGGGCGACCAGCUCCGCAGAGGCCCAGCAUGCGCAGGCUCCGCCCGCAGCGGCCGGCCCCUGGGAGGCCCCGCGUGAGUCACAAGCCGCGCCAGCGGCGACCAGCUCCGCGGAGGCCCCGUCGGCGCACCAGGCGUCGCUGACCCCGCCCGCAGCGGCCAGCACGUGGGGGUCUCAGGCCCCACUAGCGCCGGCCGCUCAGUCCCCACUGACGCCGCGUGAGUCAAAGGCUCCGCCAGCGGCGGCCAACUCCGCAGAGGCCCAGUCUGCACCGGCGCCGCCCACGGCGCACUUCGAGACGCCGCCUUCGCUGGACAAGGCCCCGGCCAGAGCGACUGAGUCUGAGGCACGGCUUGCGGAGGCCCUACAAACGACGACCACCCCUGGGGAGGCCCCGCCUGCACUGGCCCCGCCCGCGGUCACUGGGUCCGUGGAGGUACCUCGCGCGGAAGCCCAGCACGCGGCGAUUGCCCCUUGGGAGGACCACUCUCUACCAGCCCUACCCGUGGCGACGAAGCCCAUGGAGGCCCCAGCCGAGAAGUUGGCGACCGAGACGGUCCCGGAGGAUUGCGAGCUUGGGCGCUUGCGAAACCGAAAGCCACCCCAUGCAUCAUGUGUGCCAGUCGAGGCCUGCUUGAAACCCUCGGCUGUUUACCCAGCAUCGUUCCCGAAGAAGCCCCAGUGCGAUGUCUGAGGGUCACUUGAGUGGGCCCGAAGAUAACCUUGCCCCUUGCACCGCGGCUCAGGUUGGAGAGGCGCCCUUCUCCAAGGUGGCGGCGCGAGGGCGCGAAGAUGAUCGCGCGACGCGCGGACGUACGUGGCCUAGACUUUCGACUCGGGGGAUUCUCG